AUGUCCUCCACCACCAAGGACCCGCAAUCACUUCCCGUCGACGUCGAGCAGCAGUGCGCAGUCACUCUGCCGGACGGCGAUCGAUGCCCUCGGUCGUUGACCUGUAAGGCUCAUUCUAUGGCUGCAAAGCGAGCAGUUCCUGAUCGUUCAAUGCCAUACGAUAUGUUGCUCCAGGCUUAUCAGAAGAAGCUCCAGACCCGUCAGAAGAACAAGGCUCCUCCGCAGAGGAAGUAUCGUCCACCGAAUCCACCCAGCUCGUCUCGAGAAUCCUCCAGUGGCUCGCACAUUCCACCCGAACGCUCUACAUCGAAGAACUCGCCGAGCUAG